UUAAAUACAAGAAACGAACACUCCAGAAACAUAAAUUAACGAAGUCAUUGAAGAGAGCAACAUUUUAAUUGAACAAAAUUCACUGAUAUAUUUUAGUCAUUUUAAUUUCUGUACAGUGUAUGGAACAACGUCUCUCGAUAUUUCGUUCAUCUUAUCAGUCGUUCGUCAAAGAUAUAAGCGACAAGUGUUACUAGGCAGCUACACUGCUACACGGUUUACAAAUAACUUUAGUGAUCGAGCGAAAAAUGAAACUGAAAUCAGUCUUCAAUUAUGUGACACUGUUGCUUUUGUGGGGAGUGUGCAUGAUUGCAUCCGAAAAAAUUUUGUUUCUGGUCUUAUUCGGAACACGUAGCCAUCGCAUCGCAAUGCAACCAUUAGCGGAAAAACUGGUUGACCGUGGUCAUGACGUGACAUUUCUAGCCGAAACAAAAUCGUCGGAAACUAAUGAUCCUCGAAUACAAGAAGCGAAUUUCAGUGGAAUUUUCGAGCAUAUCGCAUCACAGACUGUGGAUUUAGGGGCUGACGCAAUUGCACAACGCUUGGCAGAAGGACGUCACCAUAAUCAUUUAAUGGGAGGAACGAUUUGGUGGGAUAUAAUUAUCAACGCUGCCGAAGCAUUUUUCACAAACCGACAGUUUGUGGAAUUUGUCAAGACAUCGCAUUAUGACUUGAUAGUCGUUGGUACCAUUAAAGAAGUAGCUGUAGUGAUGGCCUAUAAAAUGAAUGCCAAAGUUAUCUGGAUGAAUACUGGCGGAGCAUUGCAUCACGUCGAUGCAGAAACUCUGGGAUUACCAGUUGAGUCGAACUGGUUGCCUAGCUUCGCGCUGGGCAGUCCCUAUUGGUUCGUUCCAGAUCAUAUAUAUACGUCGUUUAACACAUUGUGGGAAUAUAUGCGGUAUUACUGGCACUGUCUUCGAAAGAUGGACCAAAUAAUUCAACAAAAUCUGGGCAAAGACAUACCACCAUUGAAUGAGCUACUUCAAAAUUUUGAUCUCAUAUUUUUGAACGAGCGUUUCCCGUAUUCGUAUCCACGAUCACUGCCACCAUACAUUAUUCCUGUCGGCGGUAUGCAUGUAAGGCACACAGACCGUGAUUUACCAAAGGACAUUCAAGAGUUUAUCGAUCGAUUUCCUUACUUCAUCUACAUAAGUUUCGGCAGUCUGAUGCAUGUAGGAACAUUGCCGACCGAAUUACGUCAAGACUUUUUCGAUGCAGUUGCCUCGUUAAGAAAUGUUGGUUUUCUGUGGAAAUGGAAUGGCCAUGUUCCCAGUACAAUGCCCAGCAACGUUAUGACCAUGGAAUGGUUUCCUCAACAGGCGAUCUUAGCGAACCCGAAAUGUAAAGGAUUCGUAACUCAAGGCGGAGCAAUGAGCUUUCAGCAGGCAAUUUAUCACGCUGUACCAAUGAUCAUAAUACCAAUAUGGUGGGAUCAGCCAGCUUUGGCCCGACUUGCCGUUCAUUACGGUGUAGGAAUACACUUGGAGUUAUCGGAACUGACAGAGAAAUCUUUGAAGUCUGCGCUCCACGAAAUAAUUUUCAAUGAAUCAUAUAAAGAUAUGUCGGUCGCCGUUUCCAAUCGUGCUAAAAAUGAACCUGCGGCAUCCGCGGACACUGCGGUAUCAUGGGUCGAGUAUACGUUACGCCAUGACACCAAGUAUUUAAAAUCACCAUCCGUGGCACAGAGUUGGUGGAAGAAACGAUUGUUGGACUUAUGGUUUCUGGUUUUCUCGGUGGUAUUUGUUGUAUGCUUUACAGUUUAUCAAACCACAAAGCUUGUGGUGCGGCGUAAAAUUAGAAAUCGUAAACGCUCCAAGAGACUUAAAGUUUUGUAAUUUGUAAAAUUGUCCAAUAGAAAUGCUGUCCACGGUAAUAUUCCAGAAUCGUUCACCCACUUUUUUCACCCAG